AUGACCAACAUUCGAAAAUCACACCCCCUUAUCAAAAUCAUUAAUCACUCAUUUAUUGAUUUACCCACCCCAUCCAACAUUUCAGCAUGAUGAAACUUUGGCUCCCUACUAGGGGUCUGCCUAAUCCUACAAAUCCUAACCGGCCUCUUCCUGGCCAUACACUAUACAUCAGACACAAUGACUGCCUUUUCAUCAGUCACUCACAUCUGUCGUGACGUUAACUACGGCUGAAUUAUUCGGUACAUACAUGCCAACGGAGCCUCCAUAUUCUUUAUCUGCCUAUACAUGCACGUGGGACGAGGAAUAUAUUAUGGCUCCUAUACCUUCUCGGAAACAUGAAAUAUUGGAAUCAUACUACUAUUUGCGGUCAUAGCCACAGCCUUUAUAGGAUAUGUCUUACCAUGAGGCCAAAUAUCCUUCUGAGGAGCAACCGUAAUUACUAACCUCCUAUCAGCAAUCCCAUACAUCGGAACCAAUUUGGUAGAGUGAAUUUGAGGAGGCUUUUCAGUAGACAAAGCCACCCUAACACGAUUCUUUGCCUUCCAUUUUAUCCUCCCAUUCAUCAUCUCAGCUCUAGCAGCAGUACACCUUCUAUUUCUCCACGAAACAGGAUCUAACAACCCCUCAGGAAUCACAUCUGAUUCAGACAAAAUCCCAUUCCAUCCAUACUACACAACCAAAGACAUCUUGGGUCUCCUAGCAUUAAUCUUAACACUCAUGCUACUCGUCCUAUUCUUACCAGAUAUAUUAGGAGACCCAGACAACUACAUCCCUGCCAACCCUCUAAAUACUCCCCCUCAUAUCAAACCCGAAUGAUACUUCCUGUUCGCAUAUGCAAUCCUCCGAUCCAUCCCCAACAAACUAGGAGGAGUACUAGCCCUAGUACUCUCUAUUCUAAUCUUAGCAAUAAUCCCAACCCUCCACACCUCCAAGCAACGAGGAAUAAUGUUCCGACCACUAAGCCAAUGCUUAUUCUGACUCCUAGUAGCAGACCUCCUAACCCUAACAUGAAUUGGCGGCCAACCCGUAGAACAUCCUUUUAUUACAAUCGGUCAAUUAGCCUCUGUCCUAUAUUUCUCAACCCUCCUAAUCCUAAUACCCAUUUCAGGCAUUAUCGAAAAUCGCCUUCUAAAAUGAAGA